AUGAAUCUGGUCCGCAAACGCAAGUCCAGCUCUCUCAAAGGUGGCCCUGACAAAUAUAUUAGGACCGAGAAACCACAGUCUACGAGACCACCAGCAUCUUACAAUGCAUCAUCACCACUCACAACAGAGGCCAGUGGCAUUGUCACAACUUCCAAGGAGGAGAGAGGCCUGGAGGUCCAUGGGACAUCGUCGCCAUGGAGACGAUCUCCCAGGUUCAAGAGUCAAGGCCUGCUUGGCCAGGUUCACAGCGCAGACCUUGUUGCUGAGGGUAAGUAGAGGAAAGGGAGGAGGGGGCAAAGGAGAGUAGAUCUCACUUCACAUUUAGCUUUAAUGAUACGUUUUAUCUUUGUUUUGUGUGUCCUACCUAAGAAAUUGAUAUAUAGGUAAAUAAGUGAGGCUGUUGUCUUUGCUGGAUCUCCAGGUCAGGUGGAGAAUGAAGAGGAGGCCGUCCAAUGCAGCCCUGCACAUUGCCCCCCUCAGACAGAAGAGGAUACAGACACUGACCUGGUCAUCACCAUGGGUGAGGAAAAUCUAUAUCUAUUAACUGGUCACCCUUAGCAACUGAACCUGAAACAGUACUCACAUCUUGUAUACAACAUGAACAAGGUUAGGAACAGUGCACAAAAUGACCUCAGAGCAAGACCUGGCCCACAAAUGACUCUGAAGUUAGCUCAGCUAACCAUUUUCCUUUGAUAGCAUAAGUAAAGCAUACUGUAGGAGUUCAAGACUGACUGGCUCUCUCUCUUUCUCUGUCAGAUGAAAGGCAUGGCGGGGGACGCAAGGGCAGCAGGAAGAAGGGAGGGGUAAAGAGGAAGAAGAGAGCUGCGGACGGAGAGGUGGGGUACAGAGAGCAGGAAGGGGCCGGUCCCGAGGUGGAGAUUGACAGGGAGCUGGACCGUGAGCUGGAGAACAAGUCCAGACAACACAACCUGACCACCACCAACGUCCGCAACAUCAUUCACGUGAGUGCAGAGGGUGGCCGAUAGCUCCAACCUAGCCAAUGUUCCUUAUGCAGCUAGUGUGGACUGUGGAAGCGUCAAUUUCCUACAUUAGAAGUUUGCCUACAGCAUAUAGUACACAUAGAAUGACAGACAAAUACAGACAGGCUGAUUGUAAGCCUGGUUUGAAACCUUUUUGACCUUUGAACCACAGGAAGUGAUCACCAAUGAGCAUGUGGUGGCCAUGAUGAAAGCCGCCAUCAAUGAGACGGAGGCUGUGCCUGUCUUUGUGAGUGUCAACCAUUGCAUUUCCAUGUCCAAAUGAAUAAUUUUUCAAUUGAGAAUUGACACGGUCAAGUCUCUGUGUGCACUUUCAUUCAACAUCUUUCUCAUCUACCUCUUAGGAGCCCAAGAUGACACGUUCCAAAUUCAAGGAGGUGGUAGAAAAAGGAGUGGUGAGUUCACUGUGUGUGUGUGUGUUUAGCGUAAAUUUAGCUUUGUCAUGUUUUGCUAUUGAGUCUCUUGUAAUUCAAUCGUUGUGUCAUUUAAGGUCAUUCCCACUUGGAACAUCUCCCCCAUCAAAAAUGUCAAUAAAGAGAAGGUACCACCAUCGUACUGCUAUUAAAGUAGUAUCAUACACUCAUUACCUGACUGGAAAGUAUGGUACCGUACUAGAAAGGGCUGAAGUGCUUGUCUGUUUAUUUUCUUCAAUUUUCAGGCCCAACAGUUUGUGGACAUUCAAUUAGCAGAGGAAGACUCCUCUGAUGAAGAGUACUGCCCCGACGAAGAGGAGGAGGACGAGACAGCGGAAGAUGUAAGAGAUUCAUAGGAUUGGGCUGUGUGUUAGCUUGUGGACUGAAAAUGUCUUUUUUUUGCAUACAUUGUGAGGCAUUCAUCAUGCUUACAGAGUCAUUGUUGUGGUUAAAAAAGCAAAACAAAGUAGUUCAGCUUUAUCACCUUUAGAAUGCCAACAAUAAAUGAUUGUAAGUGAUCAUAGAUACGUUAUGAUUGGAUAUGUCAAUCAUUUAAAUAAACAGAACAUUUGUUGUGUUUCUAUGCAUCUCUAUAUAUUGAAAUGACUGUAUUGAACUUUGUGUGUGUUGUAGACAUUUCAGGAAAGUGACAUGGAGAGCACGGCCUCGUCUCCAAGGGGAACCAGAGGAGGCUUCCACAGGAAAAUAAACACAGAGUGGGACGACGACAGGAGCUGCAGCCCCAUGCAGGUGACACACACACACUUCAAUUCAAUUUAAAUAUUUGUAUUUUUACCUCGAGCAAUAACGUACAGUGAGGGGAAAAAAGUAUUUGAUCCCCUGUUGAUUUUGUACGUUUGCCCACUGACAAAGACAUGAUCAGUCUAUAAUUUUAAGGGUAGGUUUAUUUGAACAGUGAGAGACAGAAUAACUACAAAAAAAUCCAGAAAAACGCAUGUAAAUUUUUUUAUAAAUAGUUUUGCAUUUUAAUGAGGGAAAUAAGUAUUUGACCCCUCUGCAAAACAUGAUUUAGUACUUGGUGGCAAAACCCUUGUUGGCAAUCACAGAGGUCAGACGUUUCUUGUAGUUGGCCACCAGGUUUGCACAUAUCUCAGGAGGGAUUUUGUCCCACUCCUCUUUGCAGAUCUUCUCCAAGUCAUUAAGGUUUCGAACCUGACGUUUGGCAACUCGACAGAUAUUCUAUGGGAUUAAGGUCUGGAGAUUGGCUAGGCCACUCCAGGACCUUAAUGUGCUUCUUCUUGAGCCACUCCUUUGUUGCCAUGGCCGUGUGUUUUGGGUCAUUGUCAUGCUGGAAUACCCAUCCACGACCCAUUUGCAAUGCCCUGGCUGAGGGAAGGAGGUUCUCACCCAAGAUUUGACGGUACAUGGCCCCGUCCAUCGUCCCUUUGAUGCGGUGAAGUUGUCCUGUCCCCUUAGCAGAAAAACACCCCCAAAGCAUAAUGUUUCCACCUCCAUUUUUGGCAGUGGGGAUGGUGUUCUUGAGGUCAUAGGCAGCAUUCCUCCUCUUCCAAACACGGCGAGUUGAGUUGAUGCCAAAGAGCUCGAUUUUGGUCUCAUCUGACCACAACACUUUCACCCAGUUCUCCUCUGAAUCAUUCAGAUGUUUAUUGGCAAACUUCAGACGGCCCUGUAUACAGUGGGGGAAAAAAUUAUUUAGUCAGCCACCAAUUGUGCAAGUUCUCCCACUUAAAAAGAUGAGAGAGGCCUGUAAUUUUCAUCAUAGGUACACGUCAACUAUGACAGACAAAAUGAGAAAAGAAAUUCCAGAAAAUCACAUUGUAGGAUUUUUUAUGAAUUUAUUUGCAAAUGAUGGUGGAAAAUAAGUAUUUGGUCAAUAACAAAAGUUUCUCAAUACUUUGUUAUAUACCCUUUGUUGGCAAUGACACAGGUCAAACGUUUUCUGUAAGUCUUCACAAGGUUUUCACACACUGUUGCUGGUAUUUUGGCCCAUUCCUCCAUGCAGAUCUCCUCUAGAGCAGUGAUGUUUUGGGGCUGUCACUGGGCAACACGGAUUUUCAACUCCCUCCAAAGAUUUUCUAUGGGGUUGAGAUCUGGAGACUGGCUAGGCCACUCCAGGACCUUGAAAUGCUUCUUACGAAGCCACUCCUUCGUUGCCCGGGCGGUGUGUUUGGGAUCAUUGUCAUGCUGAAAGACCCAGCCACGUUUCAUCUUCAAUGCCCUUGCUGAUGGAAGGAGGUUUUCACUCAAAAUCUCACGAUACAUGGCCCCAUUCAUUCUUUCCUUUACACGGAUCAGUCGUCCUGGUCCCUUUGCAGAAAAACAGCCCCAAAGCAUGAUGUUUCCACCCCCAUGCUUCACAGUAGGUAUGGUGUUCUUUGGAUGCAACUCAGCAUUCUUUGUACUCCAAACACGACGAGUUGAGUUUUUACCAAAAAGUUCUAUUUUGGUUUCAUCUGACCAUAUGACAUUCUCCCAAUUCUCUUCUGGAUCAUCCAAAUGCACUCUAGCAAACUUCAGACGGGCCUGGACAUGUACUGGCUUAAGCAGGGGGACACAGCAGGAUUUGAGUCCCUGGCGGCGUAGUGUGUUACUGAUGGUAGGCUUUGUUGCUUUGGUCCCAGCUCUCUGCAGGUCAUUCACUAGGUCCCCCCGUGUGGUUCUGGGAUUUUUGCUCACCGUUCUUGUGAUCAUUUUGACCCCACGGGGUGAGAUCUUGCGUGGAGCCCCAGAUCGAGGGAGAUUAUCAGUGGUGUUGUAUGUCUUCCAUUUCCUAAUAAUUGCUCCCACAGUUGAUUUCUUCAAACCAAGCUGCUUACCUAUUGCAGAUGUAGUCUUCCCAGCCUGGUGCAGGUCUACAAUUUUGUUUCUGGUGUCCUUUGACAGCUCUUUGGUCUUGGCCAUAGUGGAGUUUGGAGUGUGACUGUUUGAGGUUGUGGACAGGUGUAUUUUAUACUGAUAACAAGUUCAAACAGGUGCCAUUAAUACAGGUAACGAGGGGAGGACAGAGGAGCCUCUUAAAGAAGAAGUUACAGGUCUGUGAGAGCCAGAAAUCUUGCUUGUUUGUAGGUGACCAAAUACUUAUUUUCCACCAUAAUUUGCAAAUAAAUUCAUAAAAAAUCCUACAAUGUGAUUUUCUGGAUUUUUUUUCCUCAAAUUGUCUGUCAUAGUUGACGUGUACCUAUGAUGAAAAUUACAGGCAUCUCUCAUCUUUUUAAGUGGGAGAACUUGCACAAUUGGUGGCUGACUACUUUUUUUCCCCACUGUAUGUGCUUUCUUGAGCAGGGGGACAUUGCGGGCGCUGCAGGAUUUCAGUCCUUCACGGCUUAGUGUGUUACCAAUUGUUUUCUUGGUGACUAUGGUCCCAGCUGCCUUGAGAUCAUUGACAAGAUCCUUCCGUGUAGUUCUGGGCUGAUUCCUCACCGUUCUCAUGAUCAUUGCAACUCCACGAGGUGAGAUCUUGCAUGGAGCCCCAGGCCGAGGGAGAUUGGCAGUUAUUUUGUGUUUCUUCCAUUUGCGAAUAAUCGCACCAACUGUUGUCCCCUUCUCACCAAGCUGCUUGGCAAUGGUCUUGUAGCCCAUUCCAGCCUUGUGUAGGUCUACAAUCUUGUCCCUGACAUCCUUGGAGAGCUCUUUGGUCUUGGCCAUGGUGGAGAGUUUGGAAUCUGAUUGAUUGCUUCUGUGGACAGGUGUCUUUUAUACAGGUAACAAGCUGAGAUUAGGAGCACUCCCUUUAAAAGUGUGUUCCUAAUCUCAGCUCGUUACCUGUAUAAAAGUCACCUGGGAGCCAGAAAUCUUUCUGAUUGAGAGGGGUUCAAAUACUUAUUUUCCUCAUUAAAAUGCAAAUCAGUUUAUAACAUUUUUGACAUGUGUUUUUCUGGAUUUUUUUGUUUUUAUUCUGUCUCUCACUGUUCAAAUAAACAUACCAUUAAAAUUAUAGACUGAUCAUUUCUUUGUCAGUGGGCAAACGUACAAAAUCAGCAGGGGAUCAAAUACUUUUUUCCCUCACUGUAUAUGUAAAAACAUUAUUUUAUUUUGUAUGUAAAAUUAAUAAAAUACAGAAUAUUUCCUUUUGUAAAUAGUAUAAUAUGCUCUAUUCUGUUGAGAUACAUUUCAAUGUUUAUCUCAACAUUUAAAAAAAUAAAACUCCUUUCCUCCCAGGUUAAUCGCAGCAGGUCCAGACACCUGAGGGUGGAGGUUGUCCCCAUGGGCCCUCCCCCUCCCCCCCAGCCCUCCUCCUCCUCUGGCCCCCAGGGAUUCUAUACCACAAGGACCCCUCCAGAAUUCAGCUUCCUUGAGAAGCUCCAUGCCGUGGAGGAGGAGCUGGCCAUCGGCCCAGUCUGCCUGGAGCCCUACCAGGUACCAGGGUGAUUCCACGGCAGGAUAGGUCGAACAUAUUUUUGCCAUCUCAGAUUGUUCUGGCAUUUUUCACAUAGAAACUUCAUUUGGAGGAAUGGUGUUUGACAGGCUAUUUACAUUUGUAUCACAAACCAUAUUUUUUGUAAAUCAUGAUGAAAGUGGCUAUUUUAGGCUCUUUUUAAACCUAUACGGUAAGACCCUAUAAUCUGUGAACCGUACAUGAUACAGACAUCUGGGUGUCAUUAUAUCCUUAGUGUGUGCUCUACAAUAUGGAGUAUGUCUAGAUUCUGAAAUACAAAUUUUCACACAAAUGUAUUCAACAUAAACAUUUUAAUAUGAAUAUCUCAAAAGUACCCUUUUUGAUUCUGUUCAUUUUAAAGAUAUUCUUUGGAACAAUAUACUCCACAGAGUGGGCUUGUGCUAGCCUAAUUUUGAAGUAUUUAUCAAUUUUAUGAGCACCACCAACACAUGGGAAAAUGGAUUCAAAGGGAUCUCCCUCUACUGGUGAUUUGCUGAAUGUGCAGUAGGCUGUAAUUGGUUAAUGACCUAUAAUGUCAAUUUCAAUGUAUAAAAUGGUUCAGCCCUUCAAAAGUACCAGAGAGCCCACUCUGGAAAUGUGACAUGUUUGAAGAGUAUAUUGUUCCAAACAGUAUGUCUAAAAAUAAGCAAAAUCAAAAAGGUACUUGUUGAAUAAAUGUAUUUUCUAAAUCGUUUUUCAGAAUCUAGACAUACUCCAUAUUUUAGAGCACACUAUAAGGAGUAUGAUGACACCAAGAUGUCUGUAUCAUGUACGGUUCACGCAUCAUGGGGUCCUAUAGGAGGCAUGUAUAGGUCUAAAAGGGCCUAAAAUAGCCACUUCCUCAUGAUUUUCAUUUCUUUUUUGAUACAAAUGUAAAAAGCAUGUCAAACGCCUUUCCUCCCAAUUAAGUUUCGAUGUGCGAAUUGCCAGAACAAUCUGAAAUAUUUUCGGCCUAUCCUGGCGUGGAAUCGCCCACCACCCACACCAGAUAAUAGCUCCUGCUAGUCACAACCCAUCAAUGCGGUGCUCAUAGAUUUAGAAUGGAAUGCGAUUUCUGCUUUCUGGGUCCUGUUCAGUAGGCUUGAAACAGGGAAAACAUUUUGAAACGUGGUGAAACCGGAGGUACUACCUGAACUUGUCCAAAGAAAUGCUUGGAGAUUUACAUGACUUUGCACUGUUAACCUCCCAUCCUUCUCUCCCUUUCCCCCUCCCUCUUUCCAUAUUGUCUUUCAUAUGUCUUUCCCCCCUAUUCCUCUCCUUCCACCACCCUGUCUCCCUACCCCUCUCACAGCCACCCCUGGCGGACGGUCUAAUGGCGUGUCGUACCCGCUCCAAGAGGCCCCUCCGGGACGUCCCCAUGGGCCAGCUGGAGGCAGAGCUCCGUGCCCCCGACAUCACGCCCGACAUGUACGGGUGUGGCUCGGCCCCCGAGGACCCUGAGUGGACCCACUGGCUGCAGGGCAUCAUGACCUCUGACAUGUACAACGAUGGUGAGGGGGGUGGUGCGUGUGUGUGCGUUGCUCAAUUCCAAAUCCACCCCUAGCAACUACACUCGGCUGCUAGUGUAGAUGUGAAAUGACAAUUCUAUUCUAGCUAUAUCAGGGAUGGGCAACAUUCCUCUGGGGCCUGAUUGGUGACAUACUUUUGCCCCAGCUAACACACCUGACUCCAAUAAUCAACUAACCGUGGUCUUUAAUUUAGAAUGCAAUUAGUUUAAUCAGUUGUGUUAGAUGUAGGGCUGAGGGAAAAGUGACACCAAUCAGACCCCUGAGGACUGGAGUUGCCCAUCCCUGAUCUAGACUGAGUGUACAAAACAUUAAGGACACCUUCCUAAUAUUGAAUUGCCCCCCUUCCCCCUACAAGGUGUCGAAAGCGUUCCACAGGGAUGCCGGCCCAUGUUGACUCCAAUGCUUCCCACAGUUGUGUCAAGUUGGCUGGAUGACCUUUGGGUGGUGGACCAUUCUUGAUACACACGGGAAACUGUUGAGCGUGAAAAACCCAGCAGCGUUGCAGUUCUUGACACAAACCGGUGCGCCUGGCACCUACUACCAUACCCCCUUCAAAGGCACUUCAAUAUUUUGUCUUGCCCAUUCACCCUCUGAAUGGCACACAUACACAAUCCAUGUCUCAAGGCUUAAAGAUCCUUCUUUAACCUGUCUCCUCCCCUUCAUCUACACUGAUUUUGAAGUGGAUUUAACAAGUGACAUCAAUAAGGGAUCAUAGCUUGCACUCUGUUCCUCUUUCUCGAUGUUCUCUCUCUUCCUCUUUUUUAGAGGAAGGCGAUGAUGAUGAUGACGACCCUGAGUAUAACUUCCUGGCGGAGAUCGACGAACCCGACGUGGAGGAUUACCGUAAUGACCGUGCAGUCCGCAUCACAAGUGAGUUACCAUGGGGGCCCUAGGGACGGGGCUGCCUAGCAGCCAAGAGAUGGAGUCAACUUAUCUAGGCUGUGACUAUGUCAGGCAUUGGUCCUCAUCUCCCAUUUUAUUUUUUAUUUUUUCAGAAAAGGAAGUGAACCAGUUGAUGGAGGAGUUGUUUGAGACGGUAAGAGGAGAUCUAUGUUGUUUGUCUGUUUCUUUUUUUCCCCCUCUCUUUCCCUCCAAACACCCCCUCUGUGUCCUUUCUUUACCCCUCUGUUUUUGGUAUGUUAUGCGGUUGUCUAUGUAUAGUUUAUUUCUCUCUCUCUCUGUGUGUGCUCCAGUUCCAGGAUGAGAUGACUGCUCAGGAGCAAGAUGGGGAGGGACACGAGGAAGAGGAGGAGAGGGAGGAAGAGGCACCUGCCCUGGGGACACCCGCCCUGGAGACACCCAUCUUCAACACCCUCCCUGAUAUCCUGUUAGUGCACUUAAGCGCUUCAUAGACACACUGUUCUGCUGUUUGUUACACUGUCAUCUUCACAAGAAGAUAAUUCCAUAUAUCAAAUACAAUUUUAAUUGUCACAUGCUUGGUAAACAACAGGUGUAGACUAACAGUGAAACGCUUACUUACGGGUCCUUUUCCAACAAUGCAGAGAUAAAGAUCCAAAAAUAGAAAUACUGAGACGAGGAAUAAAUUGUGAUUGACUUUCUCAGUCAGUUCAGUUGCAAAACUGAAUUCUGUAUAUUGAUUUCAACCUCUAAUCACCAACCUCUAAUCACAACCUUUAUACCUUCAACUCACCCACCCAGUGACAACUUUCAACCUCCUCUGAUUUGACCCUGUGUAUAGCUGACCCAGUUUGACCUUUGAUCCAUAGGUUAGAAGACCCCAUGGCAGAGAUGACGGCAGGGUGCUACUGUACGGUGAAGGAGCAGCUGGAUGCCAUUCGGCGUCGCCGGGCACUGCUGGAGAGCCAGGGCCUGUUGGUGCCCAGCAGCCUCAUCCCCAAGCCCCGGGAGCCCCCGCCUCCAUUCAACCCCACCCUCUCCCACCAACAGGGACUCCAGCUGCAGCAGCAAGUCCAGCAGGUCUGGGGUCUUUGUGUCAGGGUUGGGGUUAGUUCCACAAAUUCAAACCCUGUAAAUUCAUUUAAUUCAAUUCAAAUUCCAGGUUAGUCUUUGAAUUCAGAUAAUUAAAUUCCAAUGUUAGGUAAAUUCUAAGAAUUCUAUUCCCAAUUCAAUAUUAUCCCCAACAAUUCCUCAUUCUAUUCCCUCAGGCUUUCAGGCUGACCAUGUCACUGUUCAGACAGCCUAGCUAUACUGGAAAUAUAGGAAUACAUGUUGAAAUAAUUAAAAACAAAUACUGCAGUAAAUUUCUUACACUAAGUGCAUUAAAUGUACAAUUAUUGAAUUCCAAUUCCGUUCCAAAGAUGAAAUGAUUUUACAAAUUGAAUUCAAAUUGAAUUCAACGCAAAUUCUCCACUUCAUGAGUGAAUUCAAGAAUUUAAUUGGAAUUUCAAAUGAAAUUGGAAUUGACCCAAACCCUGCUUUGUGCUCUAUAUUUUGUUAUUGAGCUUUUAUCUCAAUGAGAUAAACCUGGUCAAAACAAACAAACAUCUAAAUCAAAUCCUAGGUAGUGAAAUCCGGGUCAAGGAUCCACAAUGGAAGAAAAACGUUUGUUUUUCGGUCGGUAAUUACUGUAUUUUCCUCUGUCUGCAGCACGUCCAGCUCCUGACCCAGGUCCACAUGUUGACCAGCCCAGUGGCUGCACUGCAGAGCGAAGCUGCCGCCACCAAGCAGUUCCUGGUGAGAGAGAAACAUACUGACAAACACACUUUCACUAGUACCUUUAGCUGCACCAACUUAUAAACAUACUCUUAUUCUCUCUCUGAUACUCCCACCAUAUAUCUCUCUCUCUCACCCUCUCCAUCACUCUCUACAUCACUCACUCACAGAUGGAGUUACAGAUGUUUGCCCAGCGUGGGGAGUUGACCCGGGGCCCAGUGGAGCCAGGCUUCACCAGUGUGUUCAGAGCCUGUAACCUAGAGGCAGCACUGUCACUACUGGAGGAGCUCAGACUGUCCCCAAUCCCUUACCAAGAAGCCCCUAACAAGCCACGAACAUGCAGGAGAGGUAAGCGUGUGCAUGCAUGAGAGCCAUGAUGAUAGUCAAAUUGAUGAGGUGAAGAUGACUUCUAAUUUACUCCAUUUAAUUACAACAUACCUGUCUCAGUUGGAAAUAGUUUGACUCAUUCAGGAUGUAGGCCUUAUUCAUGUUCAAUUAAUUUCGCUCACAAUAACUGGUUUGUUGUGUGUUACCACGUUGCCAGUCCGAAAGCACCCGUCGAUGCCCCCUCAGCUGGCAUGGCUGUUUGCCACACGGCCGGUGUUCCUGUACCCUGAGCUACUGCCCCACGUCAGCCUGGACCCAGCCCUGCACUCUGCCCGCUCCGUCAGCAUGUUCACCGCAGGAGAGGACUGGUAAGAAUGACCUAUUAUAAUGCCCAAAUGUUAUAGCCUCCUUUAAUGCCCAUAUUGUAUCUAAUUCCUCAUAGAAUGCCCAUAUUAUACUGAACAAAAAUAUAAACGCAACAUGCAACAAUUUCAAAGAUUUUACUGAGUUACAGUUCAUAUAAGGAAAUCUGUUAAUUGAAAUAAAUAAAUUAGGCCCUGAUCUAUAUGGAUUUCACAUGACUGGGAAUACAGAUAUGCAUCUGUUGGUCACAGAUACCUUUAAAAAAAGGUAGGGCCAUGGAUCAGAACCAGUCAGUAUCUGGUGUGACCAUCAUUUGACUCAUGCAGAGCGACACAUCUCCUUCGCAUAGUUGAUCAUUCUGUUGAUUGUGGCCUGUGGAAUGUUGUCGCACUCCUCUUCAAUGGCUGUGUGAAGUUGCUGAAUAUUGGCGGGAACUGCAACACGUCGUACAUAUCGAUCCAGAGCAUCACAAACACGCUCAAUGGGUGACAUGUCUGGUGAGUACGCAGGCCAUGAAAGAACUGGAAAAUGUUCAGCUUCCAGGAAUUGUAUUGGGCCGUGCAUUAUCAUACUGAAACAUGAGGUCAUGGCAGCGGAUGAAUGGCACGACAAUGGGCCUCAGGAUCCCGUCAAGGUAUGUCUGUACAUUCAAAUUGCCAUUAAUAAAAUGCAAUUGUGUUCGUUGUCCGUAGCUUAUGCCUGCCCAUACCAUAACCCCACCGCCACCAUGGGGCACUCUGUUCACAAUGUUGACAUCAGCAAACCGCUCGCCCACACGAUGCCCUACAUGUGGUCUGCGGUUGUGAGGCCAGUUGAACAUACUGCCAAAUUCUCAAAAAUGACAUUGGAGGCUUAUGGUAGAGAAAUGAACAUUAAAUUAUCUGCCAACAGCUCUGGUGGACAUUUAUGCAGUCAGCAAGCCAAUUCCACACUCCCUCAACUUGAGACAUCUAUGGCAUUGUGUUGUGUGACAAAAACGCACAUUUUAGUGCCCUUUUUAUUGUCCCCAGCACGUGGUGCACCUGUGUAAUGAUCAUGCUGUUUAAUCAGCUUCCUGAUAUGCCACACCUGUCAGGUGGAUGGACUAUCUUGGCAAAGGAGAAAUGUUCAAUAACAGGGAUGUAAACCAAAUUUGUGCGCAACAUUUUUGAGAAAUAAGCUUUUUCUGAGAUCUUUUAUUUCAGCUCAUGAAACAUGGGACCAACACUUUUUAAUGUUGCAUUUAUAUUUUUGUUCAGUGUACUGUAUAUGCUCUUUUAAAUGCACAGCUUGUCCUAAAUGAAUUUGUUUCCGUAGUACGUAAACUUGCAAUAUAUUUUUUUUAAAUGAGUGUUAAGAACUCACUGACAGAGAAACUGAGUCCUUUACUCUCCGCCAUCUUGUUUUUCCAGCCUGAUUGCCCUGGGCCUGAGGAACCUGGGGGAGACCCUCCAGCCCAAGGAGCUGCUGUGUCACUACCUGCUCCGCGCCAAGAGGGUCUCUCAGCUCCGUGACCACAUUGUGGAGAUGUGUAAACCCACCCAUCCCAACAACGUCAUCAAGGUAGGACCCGGAUCUACAAAUGAUAUACAGUAUUACUAAAGUAAAUGUGUUAGGGGGACUGUUUAUAGUUUGGGAUAGUUCACACAAAUGUUCUAAAUAGUUUCUAGUUAGUUGUUUACUAGUUUCCUUAACUUGGACCUGUUCUAUAGGCCAGGAGAGAUUGCGAUCCACACUCAAGAUUUGUCCACAUAGCCACUAACAUUAAUUAAUACUCAACUACCAUUAGCGUUGACCAUAAACAAUAUGAAUGAAUGGACCUCAAAAAGUGCCUCUCCCCAUGUCUUUUUUUUAAAGGCCUACCGACUCCAGAAAGUGGUCCAUCCCAUGCCAGUGGCCUGUGACCCAGUGAAGCCGGGUGACCUACGCCCUUCAGUGGAGAGAGAGGAGAGAGCCAUGCCCGGAUGGUUGAGGGUACCAACUACACUUAGAAUACUACUUACAUGCUUAUUAUUGUUAGAUCUGCUAACAAUAAAGGUUGUUUUGGACUGGAAGUUUGUAUCAGUGAAGAUAAGAUCAAAGUAAAAUAAUUUUGGAUAAAGGAUGACGUUUCAGGAACCAACUAAAUAGUUCAUAUUGAUUUUAAAUAAAUGUUCUGUACCUACAGAGAAGUUUGCCUUAUAUCUACGAGGCAAUCAGAGAACUCAACAGCUCGCCGGAUACAGAAGCCAUGUCGGCCUGUCAAUCAAAGAAAGCCCCACUCGUCACUCUUCUCUUCAGAUCCUCCAGAACCUUGGACUACAGCUUCCCUCCCGGGACUCGCUACCCGCCCCAACUCCCCGACAGCCUUUCAUUCCAGCGCUGCGGCUUCAGGCGCUGGCACCGUCCACCACCCUGUGACCUCUCGCUGUCCCUGGCCGUAUCGCACAGUGCCACCCAGAGUCUGGGAAGUGGAACUACACGCUCAGAAAGUAAAAGUAAUUCCCAGACAGGUGCUGUGAUUCAGCAGUGCAUGGCCCACCAAAAACUGCAACCCAUCCAGCCUGCAACAUCCAAACCUCCUUCUCUUCAGCAUCCCACCAAGCCUCAUCUGAAACGUCCCCUCAGGCCUCAACCUUCCCAGAAGCCCCUGCAGGUCAUCCUCAAUUUGCCUGCCCCAGUGGCCGCAGCUGUCCUUUGUCCCGCCCCUUCCACCAGGGUGUUGGCCUCUCGGUUGUCACAUUCCGCUCCAUUGGCCAAAGACCUGGUUACUCGGAAGUGCAGCAUGUUCGCCAACCUCCGCAGGCUGCCCAGGCUGCUGCCAGCUCCUCCACCCAACAACAAGAACCCUCCCCAAACAAACCUGAAUACCGUGACCCCCAACAGUGGAGCAAACCACCUUUUGUUUCCCCAUAUGAGUAGUAGAACAGCCUCCACUAUUACUGAAACCCAAACCUCGGUCUCUACUAUGACUCCUAUCGAACAAUUCAAGAACAAAUCCUCCAGGAACAGCUGGCGGGUGACGGAGAAACGCAAAAGCAGCCUGAAGAGUGAGGGGCAGCCCCAGCCUUCAGCCUCCCCGGAACCCCCUGCACUGGACCAGGCUCUGACCCCGGACGACUAUGUCACAGUUAUAAUGGAGAAAGAGGAGGUGGUGAAGGAAGAGGGGGGAGAUGAGGAGGAUGAGAGGGAAGAGAAAGAUGACUGUGGCAGGGAGGAUGGGGAUGGAGGUGAUUUUGGAAUGCCUCUCCUGGCCCUGUCGGAGUCCUCUGCCAGCCCCACGGGGAGCGUUGACUCCGUUAACCCCACGGAGGAGUCAGAGGAGGGGCAGGAGAUAACGCUGACCCUAUCGCCCGGGCCGUCGGACAUGGGGGAUGGAGGGUGGGAGGGUGAAGAGGGAAGGGAGAACAGAGAUCAGGAGAUAGAGGAAGUGUUGUCACCAGCCUCCGAGGAGUCCAUGUUGUCCGUGCCAGAGCUGCAGGUGUGUGAGGGCAUGCGUCACGUUGAUAUUACAUGAACAUAUUAAUCCAUUUUAUUUACCAAGUUCUUUACCCAUAUCACACGUCUCAUAGUUAGGGUUUGUGUGUUAUCUUUCCUUGUAGGAGACGAUGGAGAAACUGUCAUGGCUGGCGUCAGGAGGGAGGUCAGAUGACUCGGAAGAGGGUGAACGAUCAGGCACACCGUCAGGUUAGCUUCCCACCAAUCUUUAAACGCCACAACAUGGAGAGACACACACAUACAGUUUUUCCCUUGGAUUUUUUUUCAGCAGCAGUGGCAGAGUUAGCAAGGGGGGGGGGGUCUUCCUGCGCAGGGUGGUCGGUGGGGUCUUCCUGGGGCAUACAUCUAUAUAUCUACAUUAUAAAAUAAAAAAUUGCAGUGGCGGGCACGAUUUGGCAGCGGUGGUGCGCCGCUGCUAAAUGCAUAUAGGGGAAACACUGCACAUAGCAUUGAUAUAUUUCAUAAACCUAUUAAAUCCUUUCAGAUUUCUACAAAGUCCUAGGGGUCUAUUUGGAAUUAGGGAGUCCUCCUGCUCUUCUCCCAUCUAACCACACCUGCUGGAUUGGAUUUGUCCUUCCCAGGCUGCCAUAGUAGCAGCCCCAACCCUUCCAGCUCAAGGGACGAGCAGCAUCACACUGGAGAAGUCGGAAGCAAAGGGAGGUCCAAAAGCCCACCGAUCCUCUACGACGAUGACGACCUACUUGACAGCGACCCCCUGAGGGAGAAGAAGGAAAUAGCCUUCGCUCAGAAUUAUCUCAACAGGGUAAAUAAUAAUAAUUCAUUUUAUUUAUAAAGCGCAUUUCUCGCACCCAAGGCGUUUUAAAAAGCUGCAAAGGCUUUGGGCUACAUUUUCUGUCUGAUGAACAGCCUCUCAUUGUGCGAAGUUGGCCAAAAAAAUCAUUUGAAUUGGACUGGGUGGCAUUCAAUCCGAAACUACAUCGGAAUAAGGCAGUUUGCGAUUGGAUGCAGUACAUCAUAUGCAAUACGUUGUUGCGCUAUUUACAGUUAUAGCCACCAUCUCAUCAACAUCUUUUAGAUUUCUGCCUAAAUAGACAUACCCAAACUUUAUUAUUUUCAUGAGAUGGUCAUAAUCAAUAGCUGUUGUUGCAUAGUUUUAGAAAGGUCUGGAACUCACCUUUCUGGUACAUUUGUUUUAUAAAUUGCUGAGGUGUACUCACUUUGAGGACCCAAGCUCAAAUACAUAGUACAAAUAUUAUGAAAAUAUGAAAAAUCAUAUGAGAUUGUUUUCCUAUUCAACAAAAGUGGGGCAAUAGGGCUUGAAAUGACUGACAUGCUUUCUAAAUAUAAUAACAAAUUAUAAACGACUUACUAUAAGAUAUCACCUUUAUUAUAACAGUAAAAUAAAAAUGAUCAUACUUAGUGGCAGUACAAUACUGUCACAAUUUCAUAUAACUGACGACAGAGACAUUUCUCCCAAACGUCCACUGAGUGGCGCAGAGACACCAUUCAAAUUCGUUACAACUUCGGCUUUAAAGAUUUCGUCCUUCUGUGACCAAGAGAACGUGGUCUUGUUUCAAUUCCAUGAAAUUAUUUAGUACAUGUUGAAAGCUCUAAAUCCGGCUGAGAAUAUUACAGCGAGAUGAAACCACAACUGUUGUAUUCGCUAGACUGUCCCCUUUCAUAUGCCCUUUCCCAAGAUGGGCUCAGUCACUCAGAGGAAGAGCAAAUCAAUUAUUUGUCUGGAUAGGGCCGAAGAUGUGAUGUCACUCCCUAUGCAAAUGUAGAGUCUGAAACCUGACACUUCAAGUCAGCUCCGCUGAGAGAGUGGUAGCACAGAGCAAACAGAUGGGGGUUUCUGGCACUAUAAGAAACGGGACCCUACGACAUUCACAGAGCGCUUUGUACACAAAUGUCAGUUGGAACCAGUCCAGAACCGCCCAAAGUCCCCUAUAUAGGGGAUUUAGCAUCUAAGAGGAUUUAAGAAAUCCUUAAUCUUACUGCAAAUAUAACUCUCUUGCUCUCUACUAUGACCAGGUGUGCCAUGCCCUGCAGGAGGUGCCGGGGCGCGUGGAGGAGUUUCUGGAGGUACUCUAUGAGUUUGAGCAGGAUGGAGAUGAGCACACCUCUGUGGAACUCUUCACGAGGCUAAAGCAUGUUCUGAACGAGUGGCCUGAGCUGCUCCGAGACUUUGCAGCCUUCCUCCAUCCCGAACAAGCCCAGGAGUGUGGACUGGUAUGUGCUGGCUUGGCCUCCUAUACACUUUGAAAAUACACACUUUUUAAACUCGUCCAUUACGUGUGUGCACGCGCACAUGUGUUCGUGUGCUUGCGUUUGUGUGUGUGUGAUUUACAUCAAAACUAACUGUUAUUUGUGUGUGACAGACAGUGCUCCGUCUUAAUAUUCCUUCUCCCCUUGCCGUAGCUCGCAGAGCAGCAGGCAUUUGAGCGUAGCCGGCGCUUCCUGCGACAACUGGAGCUGAGCUUUGGGGAAAACUCCUCCCACUACCGCAAGAUAGUGAGCAUCCUUCAAGGAGGCCCUACUCUCAGUCCUGCUGGCAUCAAGGAGGUGUGCUAGGGAGUGCUACAUUGAUUUCACACUCACAUGAGCAGAAUCUGUCUUGGAGAACAGCAGUAUAACAUCAUUAUUAUCAAAUCUAACAAAGCAUAUAGGAGUGAAAUAUCAUAGUGGAGGAGGGUCCAUUUAUUUAUCAGAUUUGAGAGAUAGUAGAUUAGAACAUUUAUAUGUCUCUCUGUCUUUCAGAUGAAGGCUCAGAUAGCCAACCUUCUCCGAGGUCACAGCCGCCUGCAGGGGGAAUUCUGGGUGUUUUUCAACGAGCUCCACUUACGGCCCUCGCUGCAGUGUCAGACUGAGAACAGAGGCUGUGGUGAUGUGACCAACACAAACUCCACUUCCCAGAAGUCAUCAGCAGCAAAUAAACCUAAGAGAUGCCAAGGCACUAAAACCCCAAAAGCCACACAAGUAAGGGAGGAUGAAGCGGACAAGGAGAAAGAAGGGGAUCACUACAUCCUCUCUGAGCGCUCAGUCUGUGCCAAAAACAUCUCGCUUACACCCAGUGGAGAGAAAGUCAUCCUCUGGACCAGGUUAGAGCCGCUGUCCAAUCUGCAGUUGCUACAUACAUUAUUUGACUUAUAAAUGAAAAUGUACCGAUUUGAUUCUUGAAGAAUAUAACUUAGAAAUGCCACAUGAGCUUAGUUUAAACGGUCAUCCCUCCUCAGAACCCAAAAUAUAAGCUUGUUUACUUCGAUGUUUGUAAACAAAGUACAUGUCAAUAAAUAUUGUAUAGCCUCAAAACAUUAUUACAACUAUAAUGUUGAUCUCAUGGAAGGUCAGUUCUUGCAUCCAUAGCUUUGUCUAUGAAUUUGAGUGGUUACAUUUCUACAGGCCCAUCCUGCAGCUUUUUACCGAAACAGUGGCAGGGAAAACGCUUUGUCAUUGUUUCAACUUCUGAUUACCGCUUUAAGGAGUGGGAUGCAAAGUGUAUUGUACAAUUCUGGUAUAUUGCCAAAUAGAUAUUUCACAAUUUAAAUUGUUGUAUUCAAUCUUGUUUUGUGUUCGUUGUUUGUAACAGGGAGGCGGACCGUGCCAUCUUGACCGCCUGUCAGCAGAAGGGAGCAAAGAAAAUAACCUUUCAAGCUGUCUCCGCCCAACUUGGCAACAAGACCACCAAUGAGGUUAGAGAGAAGCAUGGGGUCUUUUAGAGAGGCUGUAAUAAUCAGAUCAGACAUGGGUCCUUUUCCACACCACCUCUGUCUAUGUUGGAGCAUCUAACUCUUGUAUUCCUUUACUGUAACUCUCCUAAAUGUGUUCCCUCUAGGUUUGUGACCGUUUCCAGGAUCUCAUGCGCCUUUUCCGCUCCUCCACCCAGCGGGUGUGCUCCGACGAGGAGGUCAGUGACACAGAGCAGCCAACCAGCAGCAGAGAGCCAGACCCGGACUGA